UACUCUUUUCGAGUUUGCUUCUCUUUCGCCUCUGCUUUUCUCUGCUUACAGUAUGCCGGAAGACGAGUACCGUUGUUUUAUUGGUAACCUUUCAUGGUCAACAUCUGAUAGAGGCCUAAAAGAUGCAUUUGACAAGUUUGGAAAUCUUCUUGAGGCUAAGGUAGCUGUUGACAGGUUUUCUGGCCGUUCUCGUGGAUUUGGAUUUGUCACUUUUGAUGAGAAAGCUGCAAUGGAAGAAGCUAUUGAAGCAAUGAAUGGAAUGGAUUUGGAUGGGCGGAAUAUAACUGUUGAUAGAGCUAAGCCUCAACAAGGGUCAGGGAGAGAUUAUGAUGGUGACCGUAGCCGUGAUAAUGGACGUGAUCGUGAUCGUGACCGUGACCGUGAUCGUAAACGUGGCUAUGAUAGAAGUCGUGGAUCCAAUGGCGGGGAAUGUUUUAAAUGUGGGAAACCUGGACAUUUUGCUAGGGAGUGUCCUAGUGAUGGGGCUAGGGGGGAUAAGUACGGUGGUAAGGGGGAUCGUUAUGGUGGUGGCAGUGAUGGUGGUCGCCAUGGUCCUGAUAGAAAUGGUGAUCGGUUUGGUGGGCGUAGCAGGGAUGCAGGUAGUCGAGGGGGGUCUGGUAGUGAAAGAUAUAAUCGUGAUCGUUCUGGACCAUAUGAGCGUCGUGGAAAUGGAGGUCCUCGUUCUGGAUGAGAUGACUUUUUGUCAUGAACAAGGGUUGCUGCUUUUAUGGUGAAGCUUGAAGU